AGAAGGGGCAGAGAAGGCUGGGCAGAUCUUGGCUGAGCAAAGACACUCCGGACCUGAAUGGAGCCUCUGGGGGAGGAUCUCAGCCAGCUGGCAGCCAUUUUGGAAUCUGACAGUGACUCCGAUUCGGAGAAAGAUGAAGAAGCCAAGGAUGUGGCUGCUUGUCAGGAAAGGGAUGAAGCCAAGAAAAAACUAGCCAAAUUUGAGUAUGCUUCGCAGGCUUUGCUCGCUGAGCUGUCCACCCUGGAAGCAGAGUAUGAAAUCGAGAAGUCGUGCCGAGAGAAGGCAGAAGCCUACGCAGCCCAGGUGAGCAGAGAGAACAAGAAGCUCAAGCGCAUCAGCGUGGCUUUGUUGCCCAUGCUCACCCACCUCCCUGGGGACCUCAUCGACCUGGGCAACGAGGAGGAGAUCCCCACCGAGCAAGUCCUGGAUCCAGUGGGCCAAUACCUGCAGCAAAUCAAAGACCUUCAAGCGAAGGUUUCCCUGCUGCUGGAUGAAAAGAAGGAACUGGCCGUGCAAGUGACGGAGCUCCAGGAUCGGGUCCAGCAGCUCCAGGAACAGGUGGAAGAAGAGCAGUUUGAGAAGCAAUCCCUGCAGGCUCUGGUGGCGGAGCGUCAGAGGGCUUUGAAGAGGGUCAAACAAGUGUCCCGGCUACUCACGGAGGAGUACGGCAAGGUGUCCCAACAGCUGGAUCUGGAAGAGGAACUGAGGCAGCAAGCAGAGACCUUUGCCCACCAGAUGCUGGUGAAGCAGAAGGAGGCCAACCGGCAGAGCAUGAUCCUGAUGCAGAAUAUUGGGCCAGAAGCGCAGCUUCUCCAAGCCAUGGAGGAAGUUGCCAAGGUGACCCGGGAACUGGAGGAAGCCCAGCAAGAGCACAAGGCUAAGGUGAAGGACCUGGAGGCCCAGCUGCUGGGACGGCCGCAGGUGGAAGAACUCCACAGGCUCCGGGCUGCCCUGGCGGCAGCGGAGGAAGAGAAGGUCUGUCUGGGGAAGAAGCUUCUCCGAGCGGAGGAGAGGAAUGCGGCUCUGGAAGAGAGAGUGAAAUCCCUGGAAGAAGAGGUGAAGGCGACUGGGACCCCAUCUCCCGAAACAUGUCCUGAGGCUCCCCUUCCUCCUCCUCCUCCUCCUCCUCCCCCUCCAGCAUGUCAUGUCCCAGUGGACCCCCUGAUGGCCCUCAGGCAGAGGAAGGGAAGGCAGCAACCGAAAUGCCCAGCAAACUCCUGCAUGGAUGAUGUGAAAUCGAAAGCAGUGGAAGAAAUGAUGGCCAGGAUCAAAAACGGGGUGGUCCUGAGGCCGGCCAGAAAGGCAGCCGCUGUGAGCAAGCGCAGAAGCACCACGAUGGAGCUGCAGGGUCUCCUGGCCCGGAGCGGCAACAGGCCAGUGCGGAGAUCCAGCCGGCGUCGAGGCAGCCAGAGGAAGCUCACAGACAACCAGCUGGAGUCCAUCCUGCAGAGACGUCGCCGGAUGGUUGACUGCCCAGCGCACGGCCAAGUCCCACAACUGCAACCAGUCGUGACCACAAAACACAUCACGUCCAUUGGGGUUCGGGAGGCCACAGCGGUUGGCACAGACUAUGAAUGA